AUGGUACAGUGGGGAGGGACACAAUACGGCGAGGAGGUGCUCGAUCAAAUAUAUCUUUUCUCUGCUGGGGUCCCACGACUUCUGGGACAUGUGUUUCAAACAGAUGGUGAAUUAAGAUCAACUUUUGAGAUUGCAUUCAAUGCCAUGUCCGAAUGUUUUGAAAGUUCCUAUCGAUCUGCAGCGCCUUUCUUUGAUCAACCAAAUGCGGCAUUGUCGCUGGUUCUUUGCUCAGCAGUUCGUUGGAACGCAACCGACAGUGAGCUUGUGCCGGGCACACCGCAAAGGUGGCUAGAUAUUUUCAACGCGGGAGCCGCAUUUCCAACUGGCGCUUCUGUGUUGGUUCCGCUCGUUUGGUGGUUUCGUGAUCAGAAAAGACGGAAACUGCUGGCUCAAAAGGCCCGAGAGUUGAACAUCAGCCUCGAAGGUCUCUUGCCAGAUCCUGCCGAUUUGCUUCAGGCUCCACAACAAGGCCCGCUUUCCCGAGGGACACUGUGGGAAGAGCAGGUUUGCAAUGCUUUGGCCGCCCGUUUUUAUUUGUAUUGCCUGGCAGAUCAAAAAACUCCAUGCGACACCUACAUACCUUUUCUAGAUAUCUAUCCUACGACAGACGACCAUUUACGCAGUGUAUUGGAACAAUUCAGUGUUUGCUGGAGUGACGGGGUCGAGUAUCCAAAGAAGGAAGCAAGUGUCCUUGACAGGGUCGGGAAGGCCAUCAAAUGCAACAAGAAUUUCAAGAGUGCUCACCAUGACUUGCUGAUCCCUGUGAAGCGAAUUGAAACAGGACAGCUGGAGUACAUAGCCGCACAGUGCCGUUACGGAAGUCCCAAAACUGCAAAAGAGUUGACUACAACAUACCAGGACAAAACCAGAAAACCCAGGACCAGUGACCCGAGCUCGGAGGUUCCUGACAUGCCGAAUGUACUGUUGCAAAUUUGUUCCGCAAGUGAAGGGACGCAGAAGUUCCAGAAAGCUACACCCUGGGCAAAGCGGCAAGAGGAGAAGAGAUAUUCACUGAUGAGCUGUAAAGCUAUCAUUGCGCAGCUUCACAUGCUCCGCAUCUUGUGA